UGCUUUCUGUUGCCUCACAAUUGAAGACAGGACACACCCUGCAAACAUCAGUAAAGGUCUGAUGCCUCAUUCUUACAAAGUUUAUUGGAUACAGGAGUUGGAUGGCCAUGGACUCCUGGCUUGGAAUAAUUAUAUUUUCAGUUUUUUCUGUCUGCAGUUGGGCAUAUAAAAUGGACACUCUGCCAAACAUCGAAAAUGAAGCUUUCAUCAAAGAAUGUCUCGACAUUCAUAACAAGUUUCGGUCACAAGUGAAUCCCAAAGCCAGUAACAUGCUGCGUAUGAGCUGGGACACAGAAUUGGCCAAGACUGCUAAAGCCUGGGCAAAAAAGUGCCAGUUUGCACAUAAUGUUGACUUGACAAAUCCCAAGAAGUUGCACCCUACCUUUUCUUCGGUGGGAGAGAAUAUCUGGGUAGGCUCAAUUGGGGCAUUUUCUGAAGAAUCUGCCAUCAAGAUGUGGAAUGAUGAGGUCAAAAACUAUAACUUCCAGACUCAGAAAUGUACUCAUGUGUGUGGCCAUUACACUCAGGUUGUUUGGGCAAAUAGUUACAAGGUUGGCUGUGCAGUUCAAUUUUGCCCAAAACUUACAGGGACUCCCAUUAGCAACGGAGCACUUUUUGUGUGUAACUAUGGACCAGCAGGAAAUUAUGUUUACAUGCGACCAUAUGAAGAGGGAAAACCCUGCAGUGCCUGCAAAGAGGAUACGUGUAUAAACCAGCUGUGUGCAAAUCCAAAUCGUGACGGAGAUAUAGAUAAGCAACAUGUGGAGGAGGCUGGCACACGUCAACGGAGUGUUUCUCUUGUUCUCAUCUUGGUGCCACUUUUGAUUAUAUUGUCUAUCAUAUUGGCCAUUUUGAUAAAGCAUUAUUACCCAAGGUAAACUAUUUCUAAGUAACUUUAAUCAAAAGAGAAUAUGGGAUAAUAUCAUCCUUAAAAAUGUCUGAACCACAAAAGAUUUCUAAUUCAGGAAGGGAAAUGCAUUUCUGAAUAUUUUUAAAGAUCUAAAAAUUUAAACUGAGUUUUAAAUUAUUUGCUUUCCUACCACUUGGUGUCACAACAGAAACCCAAUACCUCAGGGUAAAUAGAACAAAAAGUCCAACCCAGGGAGAGUUUUGAUAGGAGCCUUCUCUUCCUUAACCAAAAAAAAAAUUAUAUGAAGUUUAUGGCUGCAGAAACCUUUGUACAUUCAUGCACUGGGUACCAUAUAAUGGAAGACUCUAAUUAGGUUUAUUUUCCAACAGACUAUAAGCUCCUUGAGGGUGGGGACUGUCUUUUACCUAUUUCUGUAUCUACGACAGUUAGCAUAGAGCCUGGCACAAGGUAGGCACUUAAUAAAUGUUUGCUGACUGUUAAUUCUAUUUACCAUGCCUUUUAUAAUUAAAUGUUAAUAACUGAUAAUAAAUCUAUUUGAACUAAGACUUAUUUAAAAAA